AUGCAUCAACCUCAAGGAUUCAUCAAUCCUCAAUACCCUAAUUACGUAUGCAAAUUGCAUAAAGUUAUUUACGGCCUAAAACAGGCCCCGAGGGAAUGGUUUGCCCAAUUGAGUUCGUGGUUGCUUGGUUAUGGUUUUCAGGCCUCUAAAGUUGAUGCUUCUCUGUUUGUGCUUACCCAUGGUGAUCUGCGCAUGUACCUUUUAGUCUAUGUUGAUGAUUUUAUAAUCACUGCUUCUAAAGCUUCUGUUGUUGAUCAAUUUAUAAGUGACUUGAGCUUGGCUUUCCCAGUUAAAGACCUAGGCACUCUAUCUUACUUCCUUGGUCUCGAAAUAACACAGAUGAACAAUGGGCUUUUACUUUCUCAGAGAAAGUAUAUUAAAGAUUUACUCACUCGAAGUAAAAUGUUGCAUGCAAAACCAGUUACCUCACCCAUGGCAGCAGCCUUAAAAUUGUCAAAAUUUGACUCUCCUAGCUUUGAUGAUGUUACCCUCUUUAGAAGUAUUGUUGGAAGUUUACAAUACUUGUCUCUCACAAGGCCCGACAUAUCUUAUGCGGUCAAUAAGGUGUGUCAAUUCAAGCACACACCAAAACUGCCACAUUGGGUUGCUAUAAAACGCAUACUGCGUUAUUUGAAAGCAACAAUAAAUCACGGAUUGUUCUUCUCCUCUCAAUCCUCUUUCAAAUUGCAAGCCUACUCGGAUGCAGAUUGGGUUGGAUGCCCUAAUGAUAGAAGAUCUAUGGGUGGAUUUUGUGUUUUCUUGAGUAAUCAUCUAAUCUCUUGGAGUUCAAAGAAACAACGCACUGUUGCAAGGUCAAGCACUAAAGCUGAAUACAAGUAUGUGGCAUCAUCAGCUGCUAAACUUAUUUGGCUUCAAACACUCAUCUUUAAACUUGGAUUACCUUUUAAUCAAGUUCCAAUACUGUGGUGUGACAACAUUCAAGGAUAA